GCGGCGCCGGGCCGCGUUCCCCGUCCGCGGCCGCCCUGCCACCAGCCCGCGUCCCCGCCGGCGGGAGCUCGGGGAACCGGGCGGCGGCGCGGCUGUGGCGGCUGCUGGCUGGAUGCGAGACCUGCGCGGACCCGGCGGCGGACGGCGGCUCUCGACUCCGGGAAGCCGAUCGCGGAGGGAACGAGCCCGAACGCGCUGGCCAUGGCCUCCAACUUUAACGACAUAGUCAAGCAGGGAUACGUGAAAAUCCGCAGCAGGAAGCUGGGGAUUUUCAGACGAUGCUGGUUGGUUUUCAAGAAGGCUUCUAGUAAAGGACCCAGAAGGCUAGAAAAAUUUCCGGAUGAAAAGGCAGCGUAUUUCAGAAACUUCCAUAAGGUAACGGAACUGCACAACAUCAAAAAUAUAACCAGACUGCCUCGAGAGACAAAGAAGCAUGCCGUGGCAAUUAUCUUUCAUGAUGAAACGUCAAAGACAUUUGCCUGUGAGUCAGAGCUGGAGGCCGAGGAGUGGUGCAAACACCUCUGCAUGGAGUGUCUGGGGACCCGCCUCAAUGACAUCAGCCUUGGUGAGCCCGAUCUUCUGGCGGCAGGUGUACAGCGAGAACAAAAUGAGAGAUUCAAUGUGUAUCUUAUGCCUACGCCAAAUCUGGAUAUUUAUGGUGAAUGCACAAUGCAGAUCACUCAUGAGAAUAUCUAUCUCUGGGAUAUCCACAACGCCAAGGUCAAACUGGUGAUGUGGCCUCUCAGCUCCCUGAGGAGAUAUGGACGGGACUCAACGUGGUUUACCUUUGAGUCAGGAAGAAUGUGUGACACAGGAGAAGGACUAUUCACUUUUCAAACAAGGGAAGGAGAAAUGAUCUAUCAGAAGGUCCAUUCCGCGACACUGGCCAUAGCUGAGCAACAUGAAAGAUUAAUGCUAGAAAUGGAGCAGAAGGCCCGGCUUCAGACAAGCUUGAAUGAGCCAAUGACGUUAUCCAAAUCGAUAUCUCUUCCUCGUAGUGCGUACUGGCAUCACAUCACUCGUCAGAACAGUGUUGGAGAACUCUACAGCUUGCAAGGCCACGGGUUCGGCUCCUCGAAGAUGUCGCGCGCACAGACGUUUCCCAGCUACGCCUCAGAGCAGAGCGAAGAGACGCAGGCUCUGUCCCGGGCGGGCAGCUACGGGUUCAGCUCCAGCUCUAGCCUCAUUCAGUGACA